GCGGCUGGCAGACCAGCAGAGAGGAAAGAGAAACUGGGAGAGGGAGGAAGAGGAGUGAGAGGGGAAUCAGAGAGGAGCAAACAGCGGACGUGGUCGGGCAGAGAGAGAGGACGAGGCUGAGUGUGAGGGACUGACGGAGACAGACUCAAGAAGAGACUGGAGUCCCAGGGGAGUGGUUUGGCCAGAAAUAGAAAGUCUGGGAAAGUGGCUGGAGGAGAGAGAAUGAGUGAGAGGCUCUGGAAGAAACAGAGAAGAGAGUGAGAAAGGUGAGGCUGGAGACAGCCGAGGGGGAGAGGAAGAGAGACCAGCAGAGACUCGAGACUCAGACAAAACACGGUUAUGCCAGGCAGGACCUAGGGCACCGGAGAGGGAGACUGGCUGCCCCCGGCCUCCUGUCCCUUGUCACCGAGACCCCAGAACUGGCCCUUGAUGGAGGAGGCCAGACCCCGCAGCAGCCUCAGCCUGGCCAGCAGCGUCUCUACCCUUUCCUCCACCAGCAACCUGAGCACCAAGAAAGCCACCCGGGCCGUGAGCAAGGUGCAUGCCUUUGGGAAGAGGGGCAAUGCGCUCAGAAGGGACCCCAACCUCCCCGUGCACAUCCGAGGCUGGCUUCAUAAGCAGGACAGUGCUGGGCUCCGGCUCUGGAAACGCCGCUGGUUCGUUCUCUCUGGCCAUUGCCUCUUCUAUUACAAGGACAGCCGUGAAGAGAGCGUCCUGGGCAGCGUCCUGCUCCCCAGCUACAGUAUCAGGCCGGAUGGCCCCGGGGCCCCUCGCGGGCGGCGGUUCACCUUCACUGCCGAGCACCCGGGCAUGCGCACCUACGUCCUGGCUGCGGACACGCUGGAGGACCUGCGGGGCUGGCUGCGGGCGCUGGGCCGCGCCUCCCGCGCCGAGGGGGACGACUGUGGGCGGCCCAGGUCACCUGCACGUCCCCAGCCUGGGGAAGGCCCUGGUGGCCCCGGAGGCCCCCCAGAGGGGAGGAGAAGGGAAGAGGCGCGCCGGUCUGAAUCACCGGAAGUAGCCCGGCUGUCCAGGGGCCGUGGCAGAACUGGGCUGCGCGCCCCCAGCCCCACAGCCGAACUCCAGUCUGGAUCCCGGGUUCGGAGGGCCAGGAGCCCCGACCUGUUCACCCCUCUCUCUUGCCCGCCCUCCCCUCUGAACCUCCCUCGGCCAAGUUCUGCUCCUGCUCGCAGACCACCUCCUUCCUCGGGAGACACAGCACCCCCAGCCAGGCCCCACACCCCCAUGAGUCGCAUCGAUGUCCGGCCUCCCCUGGAUCCUGGGCCCCAGCGCCAGACCCUCUCCCGUCCACCCACUCCCCGCCGAGGACCCGCCUCUGAGGCUGGAAGACCGCCCAGGAGUCCCCAACAUUGGCGUCAGGAGGCCAGAACACAGGCCCCCUCUGGCACCUCCACGUAUCUGCAGCUUCCCCCAAGACCUCCGGGCACCCGGGCUUCCAUGGUUUUAUUGCCGGGUCCCCCGCUGGACUCACCCUUCCACCAAAGCUUGGAGACAGAUUCGCUGUUGAACAAGCUGUGUGGCCAGGAUCGGCUCCUGAGGAGGCUGCAGGAGGAGAUAGACCAGAGGCAGGAGGAGAAGGAGCAGCUAGAAGCAGCUCUGGAGUUGACCCGGCAGCAGAUGGGCCAAGCAGCCAGGGAGGCCGCGAUUCCCGGGAGGGCCUGGGGACGACAGCGUCUCCUGCAGGACCGACUGGUCAGCAUCAGGGCUGCUCUCUGUCACCUGACCCAGGAGAAAGAGCGGGUGUGGGACACGUACAGCGGCCUGGAGCAGGACCUGGGCACCUUGAGAGAGACCCUAGAGUACCUGCUGCACCUUGGGUCUCCCCAGGACAGAGCAUCUGCUCAGCAGCAGCUGUGGAUGGUGGAAGAUACACUGGCAGGUUUGGGGGGUCCCCAGAAACCACCCACCCACACUGAGCCUGACUCCCCAUCCCCUGCACUUCAAAUUGAGGAGUCCUCAGAGAGGGAGAGCCUGCCCGAGUCUUUGGAACUGAGCUCGCCUAGGUCCCCUGAGGCUGACUGGGGACGGCCCCCUGGGGGCAACAGAGACCUGGCCAGUCCUCCCUCAGGUCUUGGGUCUCCAAAAGUCUCUCGUGCCUCCAGCCCUGAGGGCCGCCGUCCCCCUUCUCCUCAGCCAGGAAUCAAGGUGCCCCUGGCCCGGCCCCGGAUGAGCGCCCAGGAGCAGCUGGAGAGGAUGCGAAGAAACCAGGAGUGUGGGCGGCCUCUUCCUCGCCCAGCCUCCCCUGGGCGCCUCACCCUGGGGAGGACACUGUCCCCGGCCAGAUGCCAUCCUGACGUGGACCCAAGGCCUGCUGUAGGCCACUCAGGAGCCCAGAAAUGGCUCAGAAGCUCGGGGUCCUGGAGCAGUCCAAGGAACACCACCCCCUACUUGCCGACGUCCGAAGGUCAUCGGGAGCGAGUGCUGAGCCUCUCUCAUGCCCUGGCCACUGAGGCAUCACAGUGGCACAAAAUGAUGACAGCUGGGAAUGUGGACUCCCGAGUGGACACGCUUCCUCCUGCGCCGCCGCCUGCGUCUGACCCCACGUCCCAGGUGACCGCGCCCCCAAGAUCGCCCGCGACCGCCAAUGCCCGCCCCACCGCGUUCUCGCGCGCAGGCAGUGGGCGUGGCGCGGCCCCCACCUCCUGGGAGACCACGUGGGCCUCGGGGCCCGCCCCUCCCGCCCUGACCCCAGACGAGGGGGCGUGGCCUCUGCGAGUCACUCUGCUGCAGUCCAGCUUCUGACCAGCCAAUCGGAGUGUGAGGGCGUGGCCCGGAGGUACCACCUGGCGAUCAGGAUUCUGCCGGCGCUUUGGGGCCCCCCUCAGUGGCCAGCCGAGAAGGGGAGUGGUUGCUGUGAGCAAAGUUUGGUUUUCCCAACACUUGUCCAAAUCUGGAUUAAAACUUUGAACUUUUA